AUGAAGUUUCUCAGCGCCGAAUACUAUGCCGCAUGGGCUGGUCUUUUACUACUAGCGCCAGCUGUUUAUGCGGGUCCACACUUUAAAUGCGGCCAUGUCAUUGCUUUUACACUCAUCGGACUUGAAAAUAGUAAAUUUAGUAAUGGAUUUUGGGAGGCGGAGUCCGAUGAUCCCAGGGGCCCCAAUGGGGAAGAAUACUUGUCACACCGAUUCCGCGCAUUACCAUCAGGUGGAAAAGAUACUUGCUACUUGGCUCAAUUAAUCAAUGAAUAUCCUUUUUUCCGAGUCUUUCAGAGAACUACCGAGGUUUGGGAGCCAUGUAGAUUCCUUAAACACUGA